CCCGUAUUCUGCAUCUCGUACGUUAAUAAUAUCUGCUGAAUAUCGAGAGAUAUAGAUAUGCCUUUGUCUUUCGUCAAAUAAAUUUUUGGCUGCUGCAAGUUUUAUUACAAUAUGGCCUCACUUCCUCCUUUACAAGGCCACUGCAAUUGUGGCGGUAUCGUCGUCACGGUUCGUCAGCCCAAACUUCCAGUCAAUGUCUCCCUCUGUCAUUGUCUUGACUGCCGCGCAUCAGGGGGAACUCUAUUUCAAGUCAAUUUAAUUGUGCCUUCCUCCAAUGUCGGACUCAGUGGCGAGCUUAUUCCCAGUGUUUACAGCACUGAAGCUGCCUCUGGUAACCAUUCAAAUAGGCAUUUUUGCCCGCGGUGCGGAUCGCCAAUCUGUACCACAGUUACAGAGAAUCCAAGCAUUACCUUCGUAAAAGGAGGGUUAUUUGGUAACUCUGAGCAAGGAUUGCAGCGGCCCUUCAAAGAGCAGUGGUGGCGUCGAGCGGAGGCAUGGGAGAAGCCAUAUGUACCAGUUGAGAAUAAAAUAUUCUAGGCGCUGGGAAAGUUUGAGGAGAUCGGUGAUAAACGUGAGAU